AUGGCUGCAUACUAUGCUGUGGAGGAGGAAAUGGAAGACUGUCACCGCGAAGGACUGUUCCUCGGAAGUGAGCCUUACGAGCAACAGCCGGACGAUGGACAUUUCGAAGUCGAGGAUGAGCCAGUAGAGGAAGAGCAUCUCAAAGAAGAAGACGAAGAGCCGGCAACCCAGGAGCGUGCUCAAGAUAGGUUUUCCGUGGCCACAGACGAAGCUAUCGAAGUCGAAGAACCCGUGGAGAUGAUCUUCCUUGCGAACCUGGGAGAGUUAGUCGUUAAAGGAAAUGAGACAGCACACCUCCUCGAAACAUACGCCAACAUGUCCAGGGAGCUCUCCGAGAGCGUGAAGCCCCACCCGCGCCUGAGCGGACGCUUGGCGGACAGCGCACUCAAUGUCGUCGCUGAAGGCACGCUGGGACACGUCCUCACCAGACACAAGCUCGAAUGGCAUGGACAUAUGAAGACGGCGCUGAAGAAGCUCGAGGAGGAGAAGGACGCCUUGGAGGACAUGAAGGAGAAUCUGAAGCGCAUUGAGGAUAAGAGCAAGUUCCACAGAGAGAUCCUUUGGCCAGCGCUGCGCCGUUCAGGUCGUGCCAUCAAGUGGAUGAAGCGGUUACCGAAGCUGAUGAAGGAUGUGGAGAUCUGCUUGAGGUUGCAGGCCAUGGAGAACGCGAUCGUGAUUGACUGA